AGGAGCAGCAUUCAUCUGGAAGUUGUCGCCAUCAGCGGUGGCUAAAUAUUGAGCGAGCUCUUUAAGACAGUCAGCUGUUGUGUUUGACGACAUUCAGUUCACAUAUUUUUGUUUUUUGAUGUCGACUUUCUUUUGUAAUAUUAAUAAUCAGUAAACGCGUUUUGUGUUGUUUUAUCACAGUGGCAGCAGAAGCACACAUCUAUAAAUUAAGUGUUACCGAAGUAGCGACACGCAGUUCCGCUGAGAACCCGGUCAGAUUUAAGGCUAACGGAGCUUAGCAGCCUUCUGGGGGUUGGUCUGUCAAGGUGGAAAUCUGAUAAACUGGAGCUGGCAUCGACACAUUCCCCAACUUUAGCAGGCUGCAGAGCCCGACAGCGAAUAUGUCCGAGGGAGAGAGCAAACACGGCCCGGACAGCGGCCAGGAAGUGAAGCCGGAGUCCGCGGCCGCUGCGCCUGCAGGCCAAGGCGUGUCAUCCGUGUCCCCCCCGGUGUCCAUGGUGACCCAGCCUCCGGCUGCCAACACGGAGGAUGAAGAAGAGGAGAGUGAGGAUGAGUCGGAGAUUUUGGAGGAAAGCCCUUGUGGACGCUGGCAGAAACGCAGAGAAGAAGUGAAUCAGCGCAACGUCCCCGGUAUUGAUAAUGCAUAUUUGGGCAUGGACACGGAAGAAGGAGUGGAGGUGGUGUGGAAUGAGGUCAUGUUCUCAGAGAGGAAGAACUUUAAGCUGCAGGAGGAAAAAGUCAAAGCUGUUUUCGACAAUUUGAUCCAACUGGAACAUUUGAACAUCGUGAAGUUCCACAAAUACUGGGCAGAUGUCAAGGAAAACAGAGCCAGGGUCAUUUUCAUCACUGAGUACAUGUCCUCAGGAAGCCUCAAACAGUUUCUGAAGAAGACAAAGAAAAAUCACAAAACCAUGAAUGAAAAGGCCUGGAAGCGUUGGUGCACGCAGAUUCUCUCUGCUCUCAGCUACCUGCACUCCUGUGAUCCUCCUAUCAUCCACGGCAACCUGACCUGUGACACCAUCUUCAUCCAGCACAAUGGCCUCAUCAAGAUUGGCUCUGUUGCUCCGGACACCAUCAACAACCACGUGAAAACCUGUCGGGAAGAGCAGAAGAGCCUUCACUUCUUUGCUCCAGAAUAUGGAGCUGUUGCCAACGUUACCACAGCGGUGGAUAUUUAUUCCUUUGGAAUGUGCGCCUUAGAGAUGGCUGUGUUGGAAAUCCAGAGUAACGGAGAUUCCUCCUACGUGUCCCAAGAAGCCAUAAACAGUGCCAUUCAGUCGCUAGAGGACCCAUUGCAGCGGGAAUUCAUCCAGAAGUGUCUGGAAGUCGAUCCCAGCAAACGACCCACAGCCAAGGAGCUGCUGUUCCACCAGGCCUUGUUCGAGGUACCAUUACUGAAGCUACUGGCUGCACACUGCAUCGUCAGCCACCAGCACAUGAUUCCAGAAAACGCGUUAGAGGAGAUGACGAAGAACAUGGACCCAAACCUGGUUAUUGUUGAAGCUAAGAAUGGCGUCCAGAUGAAGCUCUCCCAGUUUCCUGCCCUCGAGCUGGACAAAUUUUUAGAAGACGUGAGGAAUGGCAUUUAUCCUCUGACCGCGUUCGGGAUUCCGUGUCCACAGCAGCCUCAGCAGGAGGCCGUCAAGUCACCCAUAGUCCCCCCCUCAGUAAAGUCCCCGACCCCUGAACCUGCAGAGGUGGAGACGAGGAAGGUCCUUCAGAUGCAGUGUAAUAUUGAGCCCGUUGAUGAGGGCACAAAGCAUCAUCUCACCUUGUUGUUAAAACUUGAGGAUAAACUGAACAGGCACUUGAGCUGUGACUUGUUACCAAAUGAGAAUGUGCAGGAGCUGGCGGUGGAGCUCUUUCAGCUGGGAUUCAUCAGUGAGGGCGACCAGCCGCGACUCGCGUCCGUUCUCGAAGAGGCCUUCUCCAAGUUUUACAGCCGAAACGGUUCUCUGAAUCCGGUGACGGUCUCGUCGUAGCCCAGGACUCAGGCCUUCCCUCAGCACCUCCUCGGGCUCCUCAACAGGACUAGCUUUUUGCUCCAUGAGUUGCCGGAAGAAGCUUUGCGUGGACCGGGGGAGGAAGCCUUGAUCUGACUGCAGAUCCUGCCGCCUGUCCUUGUAUCUUCUAGCGGGAAAAGCUGCCACUAAGUGGUUUUCGCUUUCUAUAUAUAUUUUUUUUCACUCAGUACAGCCAUCUGCUUCUCUUUGGAAAGAGGAAAUUCUAGUUACAACUUAACAGAAAAUACGAGCGUCCUCACUGUUUGGCUUAUUUCCUUACAUCAUAUAGAAACAGUAGAAAUAAGCAAAAUUAAACGAGUGAGGAAUAUUUUCCUUUAAGUCAGUGUUAUAAUUGUAUUUUAAAAGUUUUUACCUGAAAUUGUUUGCUAGUUGUCUGUCCUGCAUACCGGCAUGUGUUACGGUGUUGUGAGGUGAAGUCUGGUGGGUCUGACUUUUUGUCUUGAGCAACGAGGGAGGUGUCUGCCAACCUGGCGUUUGUGUCACCUAAAGAAUUCAACAAUCGCACAACAAAAAACUCAAGAGGCAACACAAUCUGAAACCAUUUGGACCGCCGCGAGUGCGUUCCUCGCUCCCAGCGCCAAGAGGCCGGUGUUUGAAUGUACGAAUCAUACUGAAAUUAGUGGAGUAAGUAGAAUGUUUCACCAAUCAGAGCUUUCUCACUGAUAUUGUUUGGAGAUGCAUUUCAGCGGUUGGAUCUUCUUUGGCGUCUACAUGGAAAGUGAUGCGUGGAAUAAACUUGCUUCUGGAGUUGGCUCUGUUCUCCAAUUUUCAGAUCUGUUUUUUUUUUUCGGUUCUUGGCUGAAAUCCUGUGCAUCAGCUUUGCCUCUUAAGUUGCAGGCUCAGACCACUCGUAUCCGUCAACUGUCUAGGGAUCUCUGCUAGUUUGCACAUAUGUAACACUGCUGUUGGAAAUGUCCCGUGGCCUCCGAGCUCAUGCACACCAACAGGAGUGAUUUAGGAAAAAAGCAGAGGACUUAUCGAAAGAUGGAAUCUCGUCGUCAAUGCUGUGACUAGUUGCUGAUGGGGGUUUUGUAAAUAAGGCGUGGGACUGCCUGGCAUGCUCGUAACCAUCCCAAACACUGUAUGCUGGACACUUCUGUCUCCACACGGCUUUUACUCCCCACAAAACCCCUUUUUUCCAACUUCCUUCAAUUAAAAAAAAACAAAAACC